AUAAGCCGCACAUUAUAUAUGCAUACGCUUAGCCAUGGAGCCCAAGUUCAUAUUGCCCAAGCCGGCGACAGUUAGGAGUGAUAACAAAUCCGAGCUUGCUGAUAGCACAGCGACAAGGCAACGAGCUGCGCGCCACUACUAUUGUCAUCAUUGCCUGGUGGCUUUUCCACGCUACCUGAAAUGCAAGACACACCAGAAGCUAUGCGAUGCACGCUUGACAAACCUGCACAUCUGCCGUUACUGCCUGACGCUGUACGGCAGUGAGCAGCCGCUGCAGCGGCACAUGCAACGCAAGCAUACGGAUCGCAUGUUUAUGUGCCUGCAGUGCGGCACGGCGGGCAGGCGCUACAAGUCAUCGAUAUAUCUGCACAAGCAUGUGGUGACCUGGCACGGCACACAGUCGUUAUUCUACUGCGCCAUGUGUGCACACAAUUGGAGCGAUGCCAAGGCAUUUAGUUCGCUGGAUCAGUUGGUGGCACAUGCCGAGCACGUACAUCAGCUAAUCGGCGAUGAUCGCACCAGCAGUUUUGAUGAAACAGAGGACUUGGAAAUGCUGGAGGAGAACAUUGAUGAUCUGCUGCCCAUUGGUGAUUGGGAUGAUGACUUAACUUUUGGCUGGCCCAUGGAUUUGGAAAAAAUGUCCUGCAUUGCUGAUCCCUUGCCCAAGCCCAGCGGCUAUGUCUGUCCCAUUUGUGCGAACGGCUUUACAGGCAGCUUGGGUUUGAUUAGGCAUAUUGAAGUGACACAUCAGCGUAAUCCGCUCGACUGCAUCUUCUGCGGCAAAACGCACAAGAAUCGCGAAUCCGUGCGGGCUCACCUGCAGCGCCAGCAUGUCCUGCUGCGUGCCCAUGCCUGUAAACUCUGUCAGGCAGAGUUCACUACCUCCGAUCAUCUACGCAAGCAUAUGGACAGUCAGCAUCUGGAACGGCGGCAUUUGUGCCCCCAGUGCGGCAAGGCCUUUGGCCAGAAGGUUCAUCUGACUGCUCACAUGUGCUCCGAGCGUGGUCACUGCAGUUAUAUUUGCAAUAUAUGCCAUGCUCAAUACUUUCGCAGCAUCGAUCUCAAUCGGCAUAUAAAGCUGCAACAUGAUGAUACAGAGGAGCAGACGGAAAAUGAUUUGGAAAAGUUUGAAAACACGCUGCUUAAUAUUAGCUAACACACAAAAGACUUAACAAUUUUUUAUAUAGACGCGUAUGUAAAUGUAUUAAAGUUAAGA